UACAGACAAAACUGUAGUAUGAAUAAUGGCUGACCUACCUAGAUGGGAAUACGUCCUCAUCAUUAUAUGUGCUGAAGUUAUAUUGGCGGUUAUCAUUACUCUUGUGAUCUGUUGGAAAUGUAGAUGGUCAAAGAAGGAUGAGUUUAAAGAUGAGAAGAGACCUUUGCCCAUGCCCGAGGUGGACGAUGUAAUGGAUGAUAUGUUUCAAAAAGACGACCGUAUUGUAGUUGGUCAUGCUCCUCUGCGUCACGAGUUUAUGUAUAUGUCCAAAAAUGUGGCAUUUCGUGACGAACAAGAUGCCUCAUUUUCAACUGCCCCAGCUGCCUACACAAAUUUUGCGUUUGCCAAUAUCGCCCACAAAAGUACAAAGUUAAAUGAAUCAGUAACUCCUAAUACUGAAGAAAGUGACGAUAUGAAAUCAAAAGAUAAUCAUACAGAAACAGCCGUAGGAUCUGCAAUUGUGUAUAAUGAGAAAACAUCCAGACAAAGUAGACAACAAGCUUUGUCUGUAGCAUCUCAGUAUACACCAGAAAAUGUUUCGAGACAAUCAACAACGAUUCAGAAUUCUAAGCGUCCACCUACUACCACGAUGGGAAAUGCGAUUUAUGUUGUUGAUAACCAGUUGCUUACUACCAAUCAUCAGCCUUCACCUAGUAUAAGUGAAAGCUCACGACUCACGCCUGUCGAGUACGAAAUGAAUGUAAUGGAUUCCACUGGAAUGGAAAAUUCACCAAUGAUCCAUCGUCACAGCGUUCAGCCAUUGUCUCCGUUGAUUGUUCAAAGCGUUGACGCAGUACCGAUUGAAAUGGAAGCUGUGGUGUCAUCACAACCAGAUACACUACAAACCACCGCAAUGAGACAGUUCAACCGAGAGUUAGACCUCCUGCGAUCUCCACCACCCAGCUACCAGACGGCAACAGGACGUAGAACCAAUCCUUUCAUGGGGCAACCAGUUAUGUUGGUUGAAGCAGAUUACUAAACUCAACCAAAUUUGAUGACAGUACAGACCGUCAGAAGCAAAUGUGAACGUGCAUAAUUGUGUUUCAGAACUCGUCAAUUAAUUGAACUUUUUGUUAUUUAUAUGUAAAUAAUUUUGUAUACUAUUUAUCAAGGCAAAAUAAUUGAUAUGUAAGGAAUUGAUUAUGAUGUAUACAACGGAUUUUAGUCUUUGAACUGACAUUUACUGUACAUGUAUUAUUAUUUUCUACUAGGAAAUUAAAACUAUACUAUACACCAACCAAUCUGUGUAUGAGACAAUAACUUCGUGAUUUUUACUUUGACUAAAGAAACACAGAGAAUUCAAAAUACAAAAAAUAAAAUCUUACAUUUUUAAUUGGACUACUACUGUCUUUACUGAUAUCGUUUGAAAAAAAAAUGGAUUAAUUAUUUUAACUUGUACAUCAUUCUUUUAAGUGCA